AUGAGGUUAUUCGUCCCGGCCACGGUGGCACUCCUUGCCCUGCCGGUGAGAUACGCUGGUCGUUUGGCGAAGAACGGAAAGCAGUUCGACAAGGGUUCCAUCAACUUCCGUGUGGGCAUGGGUGAAGUCAUCAAGGGAUGGGAUAUGUCCGUGAAGGGUAUGCAGGUCGGAGAGGUCCGUAAAUUGUUCGUGCCUGCACAUCUUGCUUAUGGCCGCGGUGGCGCUCCCCCCGCUAUCCCUCCGAACGCCGAUCUUGUCUUCGACAUGGAGUUGCUCAACAUCCAAGGCGGCAAGAAGAAGGCCGGUCGCCGUUAA